AUGGCGGAUUCGGUGACGCAGUUACAGAACCAAAUCAACACUCUGUGUCAGUUGAUGUUCAACUACGCCGGGACGCUGCAGCGCGACGCCAAGCCGGCCACGAUCGGACCGAACGGUGAACUCAACGAUGCGCUCACCGAGGGUGGGGUGACGCGAGCGGAGAUAGACGAAAUGGCAGCCACGAUCGCCGAGGCGAACCGAGUGAUUAUGGAAAUCGCGCGCGCGCUGCCGGAGAUCGAUACGGAUGAGAAAGCAGCGCGUAAACGCAUCGCCGCGCUUCACGCGGAGCACGACAAGGUGAGUAAAGAAUUAGAAACCGUCAUCGCGCAGGCGAAGGCGGAGUUAGACGUCAUCAACGCCGCUUUCAAAGCCGCGGCGAGCGGCGUAUUGGCGCUCGACGACGAAGCGACCGAUUAG